AUGGCGACUAUUGUUUUGCCAUCAUUUAUGUCCCUUAUAGUAUACUUUAUAAGUGCUUAUCGUUCGGCCAAUAGCAAGUUUGGAAUUGUUCAAAGGUUGCUUAGCAGUCGCUAUAACAACACACAGCUUCUUAUAUUGGGUGGCGUAACUGUUAUUUCAUAUUAUAUACUGGGUCCUUCAAUAUCAGGCUGGCUGUCCCCAGGUAGCGCAGAUAUGUUCAAGAGUUCCCCAAGGGAGGACAGAUAUACCACCGGACUAACGAACAGUCGGAACGACUGUUUUGCAAAUUCGUCGAUACAAGCCCUUGCAUCGUUGCCUGCGUUGGCAGAAUACUUGAACGGCGUUACGGAAGUCGUAAGGAGCACACGUCAGGCUCUGGGCUUAUUGGUUCCCAGGGACGAUGCAGCGGAUUUCAGCGAUCACGGUGGAAUGCCCUCGAAAAAGUCGGCGUCGCCGUUUACAGAUCCAGCAGCGGUGUCAGCAAACUGUGCAGCUGCAAAUGGCAAGGAGCCCGAAGGGAACCAUGUGACUCCGGACUUGCUGUUACCGGAUCUUCGCAUGCACGAAGCCCUUAGCAUUAUGAUCCACAAUCUGCAACAGCCUGUGAAGAAUUACACACAAACCUCGCUGCAGCCAUUGUUGCAUACUUUGGAACAGAUUCACAAUGCCAAGAUUUCUUCAGGACAAAACGAUGCACACGAGUUUUCGCAGAUCCUCUUUGAGACGCUGGAAAAAGAGCGUCUGGCACUGAAGACAUUUCUUGAGAAGCAGCAGCUUUCAGAUAUACGUAUUCCAGAAUUCCCUUUUCAAGGUUCUCUGGCUACUAAUCUCAUCUGUUUGAGGUGCAACAAUUCCUCUAAGGUAAAUGUACACCGUUUUACAAUGCAUUCGUUGCCUGUGCCCCAGAUGUCUAGUGCAAGCUUAAAAGAUAUGAUGUUCGACAACCAAACAGAGACAAUUGAGGGUUAUUCGUGCAUUUCGUGUAGGUUGAGAGCCAUUCUCAACAACGAAAGACAGCGCGAUUAUCAUAAUGUCUCACAGGAAGAGCGAGCAAAAUUGGAUGAUCUCGCUAAGCUUCUGCCACGCAUUUGCAUCAACGACGACCUACCGGAACCCCUUGAACUUUACGUUAAAUCAUACCAUAAAGAUGGCUGCCAUAUUCCGAGCCUCAAAUCCAGAAUACUAAAACGUACCGUUGUAGUUAGUUCUCCAAAAGUCCUUCUACUGCACUUAUCUCGUUCUGUUUUUGACGGUGUCACCUACACCAAAAAUUCCUGCAAUGUACUUUUCCCAGAAGAUCUGAUCCUCAACGAACAAGAAAUUAAAGAAGACAGAUGUAUAGCCGUACAUUGCGUACGCUACAAGCUCCAAGCAAUGAUCAAACACACAGGAACUCAUUUCCAAGGUCACUAUGAGGUGUUCCGCCACAAACCCGACUUCGUAAAAGACCUGAAGUCCCGCGCAGUCUUCAUAUCUUCGCCCACCGUCGCCCUUCCCGUCUGCACAUCCUCCUCGACAUCCAAAAACGCACUACUGAGUUUUGCAGCCAGUUAUAGCACCCCAAUAACCGAGGCCAUCGACGCAGUAACUACAACGAGCCCUGCCGCCGAAACCAUCCCCGACACCACGCAAUGCAACAACAACAACAACCCUCCACAAAAACCGCCCAGAUCCUCAACCCUCAAAAGAAUCGCACACCUGAUGCCCAGCAAACAACAAACCACCCCCUCCAGAACAACAGACUCCAGCAACUCCUCCGAACAAGAAAUCCACCCGAUACCCUCCAGCGAAGUCUCCUCCAACCCCGCCGUAGGACAGCCCCACCGCCCAUCCUCUGCCUCGUCGAACAUGAUAAAUACUCACUCCGCCACUGCUACUACCUCCACCGACGACAUCACCGACUGUCCUGCCAGCAUCACCGCCCCGGCCCUAUCCACCCCCAAUCCAACCACCUAUAGAAAGAUUAAACACGUCUCCACCCACCCCUGGUGGCAUAUCUCCGACACCCAAGUCGCAGAACGUAAGACCUCCGAACUAGUCGCUGAGACAAAGCAUGUCUACAUGCUCUACUACCAGCAACUACCACCCUAA